UGCAGCUGUGACUCAUCACCUCUUCCUGUAUGUAUGUAGGCAGUGUGUUUGGCUGUAGCUCGAAACAGUAGGUCUACAAACUUCCUUGCUUUCCAUGUGUCGUGCUAACUGAAAGAACAUGCAGCCCAGCAGAACUAAAGAAACAUGCAAUCGCUGUUUCCUUGCUUUGGUAAUUUUGUAUUUGUUAAAUGCCCAAGUUAAAGCUCAUGUUUCAGAUAAACCGUAUUCUGCCUAUUCCAAGCAGAAGACUCAAGGUUCAGUAUCUGAUUCCCCAGGAUUUCUUGCAGAAUUGCUCCAGUAUCUUCAGGAAGGCCUAAAGAACUUACUGGGAAGAGAAGCAAUGCAGCAAGUGUCUGAGUUUGUUUCACAGUUUGUGAAAAUGGUUGCAGAGGGAUUAACUGUCGCUGUCAAGCAGCUGUCCAAGGUCUUGCGGGAGCUCCUUGAUGCCCUUGGGUUAGACGGUGAUAAGUUUGUAGAAUACCUGAAUGUCACACCUGACGAGAUAAACACCAUCCUCAACUGGACAGUUAUAGCCCUGAUUGCUUACUUGGUUCUCUCCUUUGUUUUGGGCCUGGCUUUUUCCAUUGUGAUGCGCAUAUUUUGGUGGCUGAAGAUUGUGCUUUUCCUUUCUGCUUUCCUGUACAUCAUAGCAGUUGUUGAAAACACAGUUCAUCGUGCUACCAUACUUUUGGGUCUUGUAGUCUUCUAUAUCCUGCUUGGGAAACUUUUUAAUUCAUCCAAUCCGCAGUCUAACCAUUUGGAAAAGGAAGUUUGCAGGCUUCAGAACCAGAUUAGUGAUCUUAGCUGGAAGCUGUCACGAGUGACACAGCCUAGAAGAGGGGAUAUGGAGAAUUAUGAGUAGCUGUUUGACGCACUGCAAGCUUCCCUUCAAGAGCACUGCAUGUUUGGACUAAGAUUUACAACUCACAACAAAAAAGGAGCACAUUUUGUGUGGUAGUUCCAAAUGUUGCUGCUAGACUUCACCUUUUUAUGGUAACAGCAUGGCAGAGAAAUCAUAAAAGGACUAGACAAAAACGGAGCUCAUUUAUUAACCACAGUGGUGCUACAAAAUGAGUGCCAGUAAAAGUGUCUCACAUAUAUGUGGAAUGGGGCAGAAUGGAGGCUUUAAGGAACCAUACCUUGCAUGGCUCUUCUUUUGUUGUGUAAUGUGUUUAUUAGUGUUGUAGCCCUGUCAUUACAUUUGUUUCCCAUUUCAAAUGCUGGAACUACAGCACUAUAUAACAAGAAUGUACAAGUAUUCAAGUGCCUUAUUUUUAUUUUUAAAUAAACUGACAAGUUUUUAUUAUGAAAGGUUAUAAAAGAACUUGAUAUGGCA